CAGUUAAAAUUUUGACCACAAGUGACAAGAUAUAUUUAUUUGAAGGUCUAGCACUAUCCAUCCACAGAUUAUCUGCAGAUUUUUUUCAAAAAAUGGCAGCUAAAAUGGCUGUGUCUUCUGCACUUUGCAUGAACUUUGCAGUUGUAUCAAGGGAACUUUUUUCACCUUCUCCACAACCCCUCAGUUUAAGCUCAUGGAAAAGAAGGGGAAACCAUUUCAGAGUUUCUGCAAAAUUAGGGGGAGGAGAAGGUGAUGUCAAGAAAGACAAGAAGAAAUUCAUCACUAAAGAACAAGAACCUGAACAGUAUUGGCAGACAGCAGGAGAAAGAGCAGGGGAAAACCCUAUGAUGACACCUCUUCCCUAUAUAAUCAUAUUUGGAAUGUCAACACCCUUUGUGAUCUUGGCUAUUGCUUUUGCUAAUGGUUGGAUUAAGGUUCCAAUAAGAUGAUUAAAGACUGAUCCACAGAGAGUUGCAAGAAGGACUUAUGGAUGUCUGAUUCUAUUUAUUCUGCACUGACCUUUUUCUUCAGCUGAGUUUGCAAUGUAUAAGAGUUACCCCAGUUCAAUACACAAUUUUUUGUUUAUAAUUUUCUGUAUCAUAGGCAGAUAUCGAAUUUCAAGUUGGUUGGUGCAGAGUAUUGCUGCAUUUGUUAUUCUGUUCUGGUACCGUCCGUAAUGUGUAUCCUCCAUUUUGACAAUUGAAAGGAGCAAAAGCCUAAAUACAGUUCUCUUGUCAGA